GCUAAAAAAAAUAGACGGAGGGGGACCGACAAAAAGGCAGUUGCCACAUUUUAAUCGGUGGGGGAGAUUCGGAAUCGGUGAAAAGUUUUAAUUGAGUUUUUGCAACCAAUCGAAUAAUCAAAUCAAAAUUCAUUACAAUAAAAACAAACAGGUCGGUGCGGAUAAGAAAUUAGUGCAAUUGAAUUAAGGCCGAAAUAAGGCCAAUUAAGUUAUUAAUCGAAUUAACGUAACACACAAGCGACACAAAAAGCCUGCAAAAAUGUUUGGCUGCAUUUAUCAGCUCUGGGACUGGUUGGAGGCGCCACCGCUCUUCACCGCCGGCACCAUGGACGCCAAGAAGCUGCAGCAGCUGCAGGAGGCGGCCAUACUGGCGCAGCAGCAGAAAAAGCUGCCGCUGGCGUACCAAACCAAUCUGGUGGACUACCGGACGGCGGCCUACAGCCAGGCCCUCUACCAGCAGUCCCCGACAGCCACGAGCUCCAGUGGCGGGGGACCGCUCUCGCCCAUCGAGAUGCAGCCGCAAUCGAAGCACCACGGCCUGCUGAAGCACGGCGGGGGAGGAGGCAACUCGAGCAGCUCACACAGCUCCCCAUACCACCAGUCGUACUCCAGCAGUGGUGGCGGGACGGCCGCCGAGCAGCUGUACCAGUCACCCACGGAACGCACCUACCUGGCGGCGGCGGGCAGGUUACAGGCUAAUAACGCCACUGCCGGACAUCAUCCGAUGUCGGCACUGCAGGCCCAGUACCAGCAGCUCCAGGCGGCCAAGAUGCAGGCCCAGUUAGCCACCCAAAACGAGGCGGCCCAGCAGCAACAACGCACCUUCGCCUUGCGGCAGGCCAUGAACCCUCCCACGGGACACUACCAUAUGAGUCAGUCCUCCAGCAUGGUCUCCAAUAUGACCACCAUGACCCAGCAACAGCAGCAGCAACAACAGCAACAACAGCAGCAGCAGCAACAUCAGAGGGCACCUCCUUCAUCUCUAAACUUGCAAAACCAAUAUCAGCCGGCACAAGGUCCUUUGAAGUUGCAACAGCAACAAAUGCCAAAGCACUAUCAAGAGCAGCUCUAUGCCCAGCAGCAGCAGCAACUACAACAGCAGCAGCAGCAGCAGUUGCAUCAGCAACAGCUGCAGCAACAGCAGCAACAUCAACAGCAGCAGCAUCGCCAUAAAGCUGAGCUGCAAACCCCUGGAAGUGAGCAUGGAACGGUAUACAUCCAACAAAAUCAUCCAGGACAUGUGGUGAACCAGGCCUGUCAGACCCAAAUAUCUGCAGUUAAGCCCAAGGCCACGCCAAGUUCGGAGGAGUCCUCGACCACCUCGGCCAAGAGUCCUUCCCACGCUCCAUUGGAUCGGAAGAAGAGCGCCGGAUCCAUUCAGGCCUUGAAGUCGCCCAUUACGAAGAGACCCCCAUCCACGCCGGUGACUUUGUCUGGAUGGUUGCACAAGCAGGGAUCCGAUGGCCUGAAGGUGUGGCGCAAGCGGUGGUUCGUCCUUGCCGAGUACUGCCUCUACUACUACAAGGGGCCCGAAGAAGAGAAGCUACUUGGAUCGGUACUGCUACCCUCUUAUCGCGUAUCCGCCUGCUUGCCGGAGGACAAGAUCUACCGCAAGUUCGCCUUCAAGUGUGAGCAUCAGAACAUGAGGACCUAUUGGCUGGCAGCUGAUAAUUCAGAGUCGAUGAUGGCGUGGGUGCGAGCCUUGGCCGCCGCCAGUAUGAUGCAGGCCCCCAGCAGCGGGGAGUCGGAGCCCAGUGUGAAUUCCUCCCUCAAUCACAGUGGGGAGAAUUCGGACUCGGGGAUCCAUACUCUGCAGUCGCAGCCGAGCAAGGGACAACCAACACCAUCGUCGGACGGGCUAAGUGGAGGAGGUGGUGGAGUUACCAACUCCCAGCCACUAUAUGCCAAUGCACCGCCCAAGCCCCGACGAAGCAACGAUGGGGGCUACUCCUCUCCAUCGCCGGAACACAACGAACAGCAGCAGCAACACUCUAGUCGCCGACUGAUGUCGCCCACCCAGCAGCUGUACCAGCAACAACAGCAGCAGCAACAGAACCAGCGAUCUCAGCAGCCGCAGCAACAUCAUGCCAUUUACGACACCAGAACGGGUCAUGUCUCCAGUGCCCUACAACUGCAGCAGGCCCAGCAGCAAUACUCACUGGACCAUUUGGAGGCGCAGUUCCAGCAGCAACAGCUGGACAUGGAGGAGCAGAUUGCCCGGCUGCAGCAGCAACGAGCAGCUGAGGAGAUCUACGGCGAGCGAGAGAUGUACAUGGCCAAGCUGCUCCACCAGCAGCGGCAGGGUGUCAAUGGCGGCUACCCCACCCAGCAGCAGCUCCUGCAAGCGGAGCGGAGGACACCCGAUGCCUACGGGCGGUCGAAGCAGCAACGUCUCUUUGCCGCCGCAGCCGCUGCAGCGGACUACGAGGAUAUCUACAACAUGUCCCAGCUGGCUGGUGCCGGGGGCAUACCCAUGUCGGCACAGGAGGCGUUGCUGCAGGAGGCGGCUAGCUAUCGGAGACCGCUCAGCCCGCCCAGCUACGAUGGCGCGAAGCACGUGCCGGCCAUGCCGCAGCGUUACACGCCCAAUCACUUGGAGGCCAGCGGCGCUGAUCAACUAAUCAAUACAAUGGACUUGCGUGCUCGUACUGCGGCCGCCAUUGUGCGUCCGCACUCUGCCGACUUCCUGGAGUACGAGGCGCGUGCCGAGGCCGCUGCUGCGGCUGCCGCGGCAGCCAUUGCCCAGAGCCAACAGGAGAGCGGCCGGGCACCCAGACCCAAGUCCAGUUUGGACAUCAAUCGGACACCGGACAGCUUCUACUACUCGGAGGCGAGUUAUGCGGACAAGAUGCGAAAGAGCGCCCUCUAUCUGCAGAAUGGGGCUCAACCACAGCAGGCUGGCAGCUAUCGCACUGCGGCCGGAGAUUUCAAUUCCGGCGUAAACACCAUUGGCUACGAGAAUCCGUACGAGAGGGCCUACAAGCGGCAGGAACUGCUGGCUGAGGCUCAGGCCCAGGCUCAGGUUCAGGCCAGUAGCAUGCCCAGGAUGAGUCGAUCGGCCAGCCAGGGGCGAGCGAUGGUGUCGCAACUGCAGUCACCACAGCAGGAGGACCUGCCACCGCUGAACGUGCACCCUGGAUCCAUAUUUCCGCCAUCGAUGUCCACCCAGGAGAUUAUCUGCAAAAACGAGCAGUUCUUGCGGUCCGCCAGUGCUCGACUUCCUAAAAGAGCCGGCGGGAUGGAUGAUGACUAUUCGGCGGCAAAUUCCACCACCACUUCACCCACAUCGGGAGUUGCUCCCUCACCGCAGCACCAGGAGGGCGAGCGAAAGCGGGAGGAGUCCAUGAAGCGUCUUCUGGAAUGGAAGCAGCGCAUGCUGCAGUCACCUUUGACCCGCAAGGGCAUCCAGCAGGGCGGCAGCAACAUGUCCGCCAUGUCAAAGCUGGGCAGCAAUCCGAACAUACUUCUGGCUUCCACUGCAGUGGCCAGUGGAGCACGCUAUGCCCCCCAGGCGGGCAAGACAGGUCUGGUGGGCAAUGGCAAUGCAAGUGCUGUAGGAAACGGAAGUGCUCCGGGGGCAGGAAGUGCCUCUGCAACCGCAGGUAUCCAACGCUCUCGAUCAGAAACGCAGGCUAAUGUGGGACCUGGUGGAGUGGCGUACAACAACUACUCCUCGGAUGAUGAAGAUGCGACUGUGGAUGAAAACUUGUAUAAAGCGGCGGCAGGAAGGUCAACAUCAACAACAAAUACCACAACAACAGAAACUGAAACUGAAACAGAAACACGACCAACAACAACAGCAAUAGCAACAAUAUCUUUAGCAACAACAACAGCAAUUGAAAAUCAUAGAAGUAGCAACAAUUUAGACAGUCCAACAAUAGCAACAACAGCGGCAGAGGUAGCUGCUGCUGCUGCUGCCCCUGCCACACCAAACCAAACAAUCCAAACAACAGCAUCAACACUAAAAGCAACCAAUGCCAAAUUCCACCUAAAGCCCAUUUUGAAAGUGCACGAGGCGAGCAAAACCCGCAUUAUUCAGGUGCAACCCAAACAGCCCGAGGAGAGGCCGAAACUCAAAUUGCAAUUGCCGCAGGUGGCAAGUCCAAAGGAGCUGGAGGAGCAGCAGCAGCAGGAGCAGGAGCAGGAACAAGAGGAAGAUGACUCUGAGCCCGUACCCAUUUUGCCAAAGAAAACAGCCCCCAAAUCGCCGCAGAAUGCCAAUUAUGUGCCCGUGUACAGCAACAAGCUGGUCAGCAGCAGCAACUACGAGAACAUGGAGUUUGGCAGGCCAAUCGCCCCCGACAACAAGACAGCGAUUACGGAUCCCGAGGAGACACCCAUGCUUAUGCAACUGAAGCUGUUCAAGGAGCAGCAACAGCAGAUGGAACAACUUUUGGCCCCGGAGGACGACCUGACACCCACAGCGGAAAGCAAACCGAUUCCCGGUGAGGAUUCAAAUGCGGGCGUUGCAGAAGACGACGAAGUUGAAGAGGACGAGGCGGAAGACGAAGUGGAGGAUGAGGAUGAGAGCACAGCCUGUGAAGAGUACACUGAUGAUGACAUUGACGAGGCAUUGGCACAGGACGAAGAGGAAGCGGAGGAGUUCUUAGAGCACCUGGAUCCUGAAAAUGAAAAGCUAAAAAAAGAGCAGGAAGAGGAGAAGGAGCUGCAGCAGAUUUAUGUCAACGAACCCAUCACCCCCACCGACCAGCAAUUCGACGAGAGCCACUAUUUGCCCAUGACGCCCAAAAAGGUAGAAUUGGGCCAACCCGGAGUCCUCACUUUGGUCAGCACCCACGAGUCUUACGCCGAGGAGGAGGAGAAUCACUAUGUGGAGAUGACCAAGGGCAUCGAGGAUGACGAUAGCAAGAGCAACUAUGAAAUCAUGUGCCUGGCCAGCUCCAGCACCUUGAAAGUUACCACCAAAUCGGAGCCAGUCUAUAUGGAACUAGCAGGAGUAAAGCCUGCACCGCCACCAGUCGAGGAAUCUCACUGUUCUUCGGGCCGAUCCACCCUCAAGAAGGCUAAGAAAUCAGGAAGCGAAACGCUGAAGAAGAAAACCAAAAAACGACAGGGCAAGGACAUGCCGGAUAUCCUCAAGCCGGCCAAGAGCGCCUUGGCCUUGGCCAGCGAUAGCUCGGAUGCGGAUGACGAGAGCAGCAGGCAGCAACUGGAGGCUAAAAAGCUUCGCUCCCGAUCUCGUUUCAGCUUGUCGGACACCUUUAGGCCGGCAUCCUACUAUUUGGGAGCCUCCACUCCCCUUAACAACUAUGCCGAGAGCUCGGACAGCGAGAUCCUGCCACCGCCUCCCAUUCCAGACUCGCCGCCACCCAUGGAGGAGCUGAAGACAGAGGAAAUAUUCUCCUCGGAGCACUACGACACGGUGAAGCGACGUGAUAGCAACAGCAAAGUGAAUCUCUCCUACGAGCAGCUGCCCAAAAUGCAUGCCAGCAACACUUCCCUUAAUUUGCCCAAAGCUGCUCCUAGUCCUACCCUGAAGAGCAGUCGUCUCUCGCUGCCCGAUCACUUCACCAAGAUGCGACUUACGCCCCAGAGAUUACAAGUCACGACCACGCCUCCGCAGCAACACCACGCCCGGACUCUGUCCGACUCCAACUACAGCUGCCAGUUGACGGACAAUAGCUCCCGCACCUCCUCGGACCUAGACCUGUAUCGGCGGAGAGGUCAACAGCAAAGGUGCACCAGCAACAACUCUCUGCCCCUGAGCAGCGAGAACGAAUCUGUGGAGUUCCGGCAGAGAUCGGACUCGGAGCUGGAUCGCCAGCGAUCUAGGCGCCCUCUUUCCCAGGAGUCUAUCAGCGAAAUCGAGUCGUUGAGUGAACAGUUUGAGGAGACCCUGAGCAGUCACGAGUUGGACACCUAUUUGAGUCAUUUGCACCUGCCCACAGGGCAGGCCACGCCCACGAGUCACCUACUGAACGAUGCCAAUGCAGCUGCCGGAGCAGAUAUCCUAACAAAUCUCAUAAAACCGCCGAAAACAUUCCGCAACGCCGAAGAUGAGGAGCAGCACUUCUACGGGAACAUACACUUUCUCUCCUCUACGGACUCUAUUCAGCAGCUGGGCGGAGCCGGUGCUGCCUGCCUGGUGGCGCUGCACAGUCGCAACAACAGCAACAUAUCCACUCAAUCAGCUCCCUAUUACUACUCGGAGCUUCCGACCCCACCGCAGUUGAAUAACCAACGCGACAUACACGCCCACGGUUUGAACAUUGCCCACAUCCACAACCCGAUCGACAGGUUCAAUGUGGACGCCCUGGUAGACAAGGAUCAGGCCAUCGACAGCAAGAACUUAUACUGCAUGAAGGACAACAACGAGAAGCUGAGCAACAAGAACCUGAAGCUGAACAACAACCAACUGGCGGACGCAGUGGAGCCACCAGAUAGUAGCGGUAGUGGCUCACUAAACCCAUCACAUUCAUAUCUCACAACUACUAAAAACACAAAUCUCGCUCGUAAGACGAUUGGUGGUAGCGAUGGCAACCCUAACGAUGGUGCUGGUGAAGAUUCGGAUGCAGGCAGAGGCUUAGGCGGAGGCGGCGGAAUGGGAGGCGUUACAACUGGCAAGACCCCGUCGAAUAAUGUCAAUCCCAACCUCUCAGUUCUAGGUGGCGAGCUGCUCUGGGAGGAGGAUGCUCUCUGGCGGGAAAGUUUGCGACGCGUUUCGCAGCGUCAUGCCCGAUCCCUGGACGACCUGGACAGGAUACCAGCAGGUCCAGUUGCCAGCACCCCGAAGGCCAAGUUGAGCCGGGAGGUGACCUAUGUGAACGAUAGCCAGAAGCCGCGACAGCCGGCCCAGCAGCAAUCCCUGAAUGAGCACGAUGUCUAUGUACAACUUUUAGAGAACGCCUCGCUUAACCUGGAUCAUAACGACUCCGAUGUGUACGAGGUCCUGCGGGAAGAGACGGCCUCCAAUUUGUCGCAUAAGUCCAAUGAGCUGGAUCGCGAAACCAUACGUCAAUGGGAUGCCAUGUCGAGUGGCCUGAUGAAGAGUCACCACAGCAACACAGAGACCACCAGCGGCCAUGGUGGGGGUGUUGCUGGCGUUGCCCACCUGCCCCUCACCAGCAAUGUGCGCUCCAUCAUCCAGCAGCUGAAUAAUAGCACAACCUCCACUGACGAUGCCAAUGGCAACAGUCUGGCAUCGGCCUCAAUAUCCGUGCGAAAUGUUAACAACCUGCCCAUGGGCAACCUUACCGUGAAGCCGGAUCCCUCGGAUACCCUCCACGAGCAGCCAGAGUCAGCAUUUGCCCCGUACUACGGUGGAGCCGCCGAGACCAAGUACGCCAAGAACACGGUGCUUACGGACCGCGGACUCUACGCCGGAAAUGGAGCCGGAUUGGCCACAUCCACGCCGCAGCAUCAGCAGCAGCAGUUCCGUAUGCGGCGCACCGGUAGUCGGGCGGAAAUCGAUAUGCUGGAGAGGGAGACGAGCAGCCAGAUUAGGAAUCGCCUGCGCAGUGCUGAAGGCUUGACCCGAGCUGAGAGCAUCCAGCGACUGGACUAUUUGAAGCAACAUCUUUUGGACUUGGAACGCCACUAUGAGAAGAGCAAGCCCUUGGUCAACCUGGUGGACAACAUGGUCAAGUUGGGAUCACUUUAUAGGAACGAUGCCAACGGCAGGGUUCAGCCUACAACUAUCGAGCGUGUGGAGUUCAAUCAGCGCAUGCAGGAGCGUCAGAUGUUGCAGGAAGAGCAGGAGCAAUGGGAACGUCUCAGUCCCAAUCAGGCCGAGUUACAGGCCAAAGUACAUGAGCUCUACCAACUGGAUCAACUCCUGCAGGAGGAGUCUGGAACUCUGCAGAGCCUGCAGCGGGAUAAGGAGGACCUCGAGCGAGCUUUGGGCGGCCUGAGAGCUCGUAUCCAAGACAGCAAUGCGACGCCCAUGGCUUUGGAGGCGGCCAAGAAACAGCAACACAUUUUGGAGCGCGAGCUGUCGCGUGUCCAUCAGCUUCUCGCUGAGAACUCAAAGAAACUGGAGCAGACUGUGGCGGGUAAUGCUCGACUGGAGCAGGAGCUGCUGCUUCUGCGGCAGAAAGUGCAGGACACCCGAGGAGCUGCCACCAACGGAAUCGAUGCUGCCGAAGCCAUGAAUGGCGACCAAAACGCAGCUGUUUUGCAAUCCGAACUGGAGCGCGUCCAGUCCUUGGUGGGAGAUAUGCAGAGGCAGCGCCAUGAGCUCAGCACUGCAGUGCGACAGCUGACAGAGAACUCGAGCAGGUUGUACCAGGAGAUUGGAAAGCAGGAGGUUAUGAAUGGCGGCGGAGGCUCCACCAACGGCAGCCUGAAGAAGCGCAGCAACUCGACCAGCUGGACCGAGACGGACCUGGAUGCUAACAUGCUAAAGAGUGGCAGUCGGCAGCAUCUGAACGACUCCAGCCUGAACCUAUCCACUCCCCUGUAUGUGGACACAAAUAGCUCCUCAAAGUUGAACGACUACAAUCGCUACAACGGAGGCGGCAGCAGCGAUGCCCUGGAAAUGAGUGGAAUGGAGAGCGAUGGAUUCCUGGAAAGCAACCCCUUCGCCAUGGGCCUAGAGAAGCAGGAAAUCAAGACCGUGAGGAUUGUGAAGCGGGAAUCGGAGCGCCGACAUCGAGAUCGCAGCGAACGUGGUCUGAGCAGCUCCAUCCAGAACUUGGACCAGGUCAUGGAGGAGGAGAUGUAUGCCCAGCAGCAGCGAGAACAGAAUGCCAUGUAUCCCCAGAACCACGAGGAGCAGCCGAUGACCAAUGGUCACCACAGUCGCUCCAAGUCGCUGCCUAGGAACUACAGUGAACCACCUAAGCCGCGGCACAGUCGCCACAUGAACGGAAAGACCAACGGACACCACCACUACAACAAUGGUGGUGGCUAUGACUACGACCGGAAUAGCAACUACGAGCAUCAGCCACCACCGCCACCGGCACCACAGAGCAACGGGCACCACCAGCAGAGGGAGCACCUCAAUCCCUUGGCCAAUGCCUACUUCGCCAAGCAGCUGCAGCAGCAGGCGAAUCCUUCACGGGACAGUGCCCGCGUGGCACUGCGCACCAAAACCGACUCCUUGCAGAGCCUGAACAAGAGCCUCACGGACCUCAGUCCGGAGCCGGUGUUCCAGAGCGUGGCUGCCCGCCAGAUCAUCAACGAAAUGUCCGCCGGAUCUGCCUCGGAGGACACAGAAAAGGUGGUAGAAAAAGUGCCACCUCCACACAAGCAUCGACGGGCAGUGCCCCGGGAAAAGAGGCGCCACUACACUGCCCCCAAUAAUGUCAACCAGAAGGCCAUGGAGAAGGUGCAGGCCGAGAAUGAUAUGAACCGCAAUAACACAAACUGGCGAGCUCGUGAUGACCUGGACAUGGAGGUGGCUCUGCGACCGCGAAUGAAUGCCCCCGAUGUGGUGCGCUCUGCUCUGGGUCAGGGUGAAAAGAUUUCGGAGAACACCAUUGAUAACUUGCUCUUGGCGCCCAACAAAAUAGUCAUACCCGAGCGUUACAUACCAGAAACAACGCCCGAACUGUCGCCGGAGGAGAAGAAACGUCGUCAGGAGAAGGUCGAGUCUAUCAAGAAAAUGCUUGCCGAAGCUCCCAUUAGCAGCAACGAAAAUGAGAGCCUGCCGCCGAGCAAACUCAAUGCUGAGAAGAAACAACGCGAGCACCUAUUGCAGCUCAACCAAAUCCUGGCCCAGCAGGUGAUGCAAGUCAGCAAGAUCGUAGCCGGCAAUCCCACUAGUCACAACUAAUCCGCAAGUAGCCUGUCAAGUUGUUUUUGUUCACAUUUUGUGUUUUACAUUGCAUUGCAUUUGAUUUACGUUUCACUUUGUGUUUUCCAAUCGAUAAUUGAGCGGGUUCGCAUCACGAUUCGCGGAACAUACAUAUAUAAUAUAUAUCUUGUUCAGUACAUUCGAAACAUACAAUAUAUGCAAAAAUAGUACGUUACACCUAAGUAUACAGAAACUACACACGCGAAAUUGAGAUUUAAAGCAUGCUAAACUCACAAAAACUCACUCAAAACCAAAAAAGCAAACUUCACAAAAACAAAAUGAAAAUACUAAACAUAAAACAAUAGAAACAAAAAAAAUAGAAAAAUGACAACAAGAAUAAACAGCAACGCAAUAGCAACAAGAACAAGUACAACAACAACAAGCACAAGAACAACAACAACAAAAGAAAUACGAUUCCGUAAGUCCAG